AUGAUGCACGAGGAUGAGAAGCGUCAGCUGUACAACCGACAGGAGUAUGUUGUGGGCGUCGAGACGCAGGCAAAGUACGGCAGCACCGACGUCCUCGUCGUGGGGGUCUGUGGGCUGGGGGCGGAGCUUGUGAAGAACCUCGUACUCACGGGGGUUCGCUCAGUUCAAAUCAUGGACGGCGGCGCCGCGACCCUGCAGGACUUGGGCACAAACUUCUUUUUGACCCCGCAAGACAUCGGCAAGUCGCGGGCAGAUGUGGUGGCGAUGCGGGCGCAGGAGCUGAACCGCUUCGUCAGCGUCACCGCCGUGACGCGUCCGCUGCAUGAGGUGAUCCCCACCGUUCAUGUGGUGGUUUUUGCGAACCAACGCACAACGGCGCUUGUCGGCGAAAACGCCCUCGCACGGAGGCAUGAUGUAAAGUUUGUGGCGUGUGAAAGCCGGGGUGUUGCGGGGUGUGUCUUUGUAGACGCGGGACCGUCCUUUAGCGUGUUAGACCCCGAUGGCGAGGAUACCGUUUCCUGCAUCGUCACAAGCAUCUCGCGUGACGGCGUGGUCUCGCUGCAUGAGGACAAGAAUCAUGAGUGCGAGGUGGGGAGCCAUAUUUUUUUUACAGGUGUCCUGUCGCCUGCUGCGGUGAACGCGGACAUUGACCCAUCCAACAUUCAUGGUCGCUCCCAAAGUACUGCCACCUCGUCGCUGAAACUGUUCGAGGUGGCGGAGGUCAUCUCCCCAUACAUCCUGCGGCUGAAAAAUUUUGAGGCAGAGGUAGGCGAUAACGCUAUUAAAGUCGGCACCGCCGCCUACCUCCACACAACCAAGCGACAUGUACUCAUGGGAUUUAAGGACCUGGAGCAGAGUGUCGCCGAUCCGGCGUUUGUUGACGUCUUUGAUAGUGAGCAGAAAGUGAAUGCCCCAGCCACGCUGCACGCCGUCUUUCGUGCCUUGCACGACCACGGCACACUGCCAUCGACCCCUGCAGAGGUGAACGCCGUGUUGAAUGCGGCUGAGGUGUACUACAACACCUUCAGCAGUGGCUGCCUUGACGUGGCAGCCGCCAAGUCUGUCCUUUCUGUGAUUCAUGGCAAUCUUAACCCGAUGACCUGCUUUAUUGGCGGCCUCGCGUCACAGGAGGUUCUAAAAGUGUGCAGUGGGAAGUUUACACCCAUCCAGCAAUGGCUGUACUACGAUGCAAGGGAAUUGCUUCUGGCUCGCGGCGAGGUAACGGAGGCGGAUCUUCGCCCCUCUUCCCCGACUGGAAGUCGCUACGACCAACAGAUUGCCGUUCUUGGAGCCGAGUUUCAGUCGUACUUAGCGAAGCAACGGGUCUUCAUCGUUGGUGCUGGGGCGCUGGGUUGCGAACUCAUCAAGAAUGCCGCAUGCAUAGGGCUUGGUGGCAUCUCCAUCACGGACAUGGACGAUAUUGAGAUGAGUAACCUCUCGCGUCAGUUUUUGUUUCGUAACAGUCACAUUGGGCAGCACAAAUCAAAAGUGGCGGGGGAGGCGGCCAGGGCCAUCAACCAUGACCUGCAGGUGACAUCCUUUGUGGAAAAGGUGUCACCCGAGACGGAGGGCAUUUUUAAUGAAAAAUUCUGGGACUCGCACGCCCUUGUACUGAAUGCACUUGACAAUGUGGAGAGUCGCAAGUACGUGGAUAGCCGUUGCCUCUUCUACAAAAAGGCUCUUUUUGAGAGUGGCACGCUGGGAACCAAGUGCAACGUGCAGUGCAUCAUCCCCUACUGUACGGAGAGCUACAGCAGCAGCCAUGACCCGCCAGAGAAGUCCAUUCCGCUCUGCACCUUGAAGAACUUCCCCAACGCUAUUGAGCACACGAUUCAGUGGGCACGGGACAACUUUCAGGUGCUUUUCACCAGUACGGCCGAGGAGGUCAAUGCGUACUUGCAGGACCCCGCAGCAUUUGCGGCGGAACUCGAGCGUGAUCCUGCCACCAAAGCACUGGCAUUGAAGGCGGUUCGGGAUGCGCUGGUGCGGUGGCCGAACGACGCUGCGGACUGUGUGCGUAUCGCGCGAGCGUUAUACCAUGAGUACUUUAAUGACGCCUUUCGGCAGCUGCUUUACAACAUCCCGGUUGACAAACGCAACGAGAAUGGGGAAAUGUUCUGGAGCGGUGCAAAAAAACCGCCCACCCCGCAGGAAUUCUUGCCAGAUUCCGAGUUGAGCAUGUCAUUUGUGUACCACUGCGCUUACCUACUUGCAUGUGUAUACGGUCUGCCACAAUUCACACUCUCGAGCGAGGAGGUGAUGCGGAUGGCGCGGGAGACCGCGGUGCCGGAGUUUGUGCCGCGCCAAGCCAUCUUCGCCACCAGUGAGGCGGAAAAGGAGGAGUCCGUGGCACACCUGGCCGCCGACGUCCGCUUGCAAGACCUGCCGCCGGUGAGCAACUUUCACGGGCGUCGCAUGAUCCCACUGCAGUUUGAGAAGGAUGACCCCACAAACCACCAUGUGGAAUACAUUACGGCCUGUUCGAACAUGCGUGCCGUCGCGUACAACAUUCCGCCCGCGAGUGUGCACCACACCAGGCGCAUUGCAGGGAACAUUAUUCCGGCAAUGUUGACAACCACCGCACUCGUCACAGGCCUCGUGGGGUUGGAGGUUCUCAAGCGUUUGCUUUUUUCCCAACGUCAAGAGAAGAGUGGUAUGCCGGUCAAUGCACCGCCCACACAUAAGGAGGUACAGGAACAGCUUAGUAUCUACCGCAACGCCUUUGUAAACAUUGCUUUGCCGUUCAUAGCCUUUUCUGACCCCAUCAUGGCCCCCGGCGCAUCGUACGUGAUGCCGGAUGGUCAAUCCGUUCGAUGGGGAAUUUGGGACCGCAUUGACGUUAACGAGGGACGCGACCUGACGGUGCAGGAGCUUGUUGCGGUGCUUGAGAGCCGCUACCAGGUGGAACUGUUCAUCAUUGCCCUUGCUAGCGGCAAGAUGAUUUACUCCCAAUUCGGCAACACAAAGGACCGUGGCAGGCCAGUCUCCGUUGUCGUGCAGGAGCGGGGGGAGCAGCUGCAGGACGGCGAGGACCACUGCUGCCUGAUCGCAACUGGCAGCAUGGGCGACGUCGACGUGGACAUCCCUGUGAUCCGCUACCGGUUCCGCAACUUUUGA